GACAUUUCAUUCUGCAAACACAACUUUGCAACCAUGGGCUAGGGCUGUGGAGUCAUGCAAGACAUCGGAUCCCAGAUUUUGUGACCCUGGAGCCAUUCCCUCCCUUCUGCCUUAGAAAUGCAGAGGGAGAGAGGUGCAGAAUCCAGUUCCUAGGAGAGGACCUUGGCAGAACGGAUUAUUCCCGAGUCAAGCAAAACCUCUAGACUCCUGGGAGAGGGUCUAUAGUGAGUAGGUGGGUGUCCCAUUCACUGAGGUGGAGAAGAGCCCUCCAGAUCAGCACAGAAAAGCCAUGACAGAGAAUGAAAGGAGUGUUGACUUUCUGGGAGUUGAUGCUCAUCAAAGAGAUAGUGAGAGGGAGGUUUCUGGGACAUUGGCGGAAAGAGCUGGGGAUCUAGAAGUGGAAGAGAAUUCUGGGAACCAAGAAGGAUCUAAGAUGCUGGGACCAGGUGAUCAGGCCUGUGAAUCCAACAGGUCUUUGAGUUUGCAUGCCCUUGAAACUCCAUUGCAACCAGAAAAGCAGAAAGAAAAGAGAAGGAAUAAGUGUCCCAUAUGUGGAAAAACCUUCAGUAAAGAAUCCAACCUUAAGAGGCAUCAGAGAAUCCAUACAGGGGAGAGACGGUAUGCGUGCUCGGAAUGCGGAGAGACCUUUCGUCAGACAUCCAACCUGGUCAGGCAUCAGAGAAUCCAUACAGGGGAGAAACCGUAUACUUGCCCAGAGUGUGGAAGGAGCUUCAGCCGGAAUGCAGAUCUUAUGUGCCAUGAAAGAAUCCACACAGGAGUGAAGCCGUACAAGUGUUCCUUCUGUGGCAAGAGUUUUGCGGCUAAAUCAAGCCUCAACGGCCAUCACAAACUGCAUACAGGAGAAAACCCAUAUAAAUGCUUGGAGUGCGGGAAGAGCUUCCGAUGGAGCACGCACCUGAUUAGGCAUCAAAGCGUCCACACAGGGGAGUGGCCCUACAUGUGCUUGGAGUGUGGAAAGAGCUUUAGUGACAAUGGAAACCUCCUUUCACAUCAGAGAAUCCACACAGGAGAGUGCCCAUAUAAGUGCAACGAGUGUGGAAAGAGCUUCCAGAUGAAUGCCUCCCUAAGUUCCCACCAAAAAAUUCAUACAGGUGUAAAACCGUAUAAAUGCUUGGAAUGCGGGAAAAGCUUCAGCCACCGUGGGAACCUUUUUUCACACCAAAAAGUUCACACUGGGGAGAAACCUUAUCACUGCUCCGAGUGUGGUAAGAGUUUCAAGGUGAGCACAUCCCUCAUUUCGCACCGGCGACUCCACACAGGAGAGAAGCCAUAUCAGUGUUCAGAAUGCGGGAAGAGUUUCAGUCACAGCACGGGCCUUACUUUGCAUCAAAUAAUCCACACGGGGGAGAAACCAUUUAAAUGUCUGGAGUGUGGAAAGAACUUCAACCGGAGCACAACUCUGAAUUCUCAUCAAAGAAUCCACACAGGGGAGAAACCUUUUAAAUGUCUGGAGUGUGGGAAGAGCUUUAGCCGGAGCACGACUCUCAGUUCACAUCGAAGAAUUCACACUGGAGAAAAACCCUAUCAAUGCUCAGAAUGUGGCAAGCGUUUCUGUGCCAAAUCAAGCCUUAAUGAGCAUCGGAGGCUGCACUCAGGAGUGAAACCAUAUAAAUGCUCGGAGUGCGGAAAGAGCUUCCUUUGGAACACGCACCUUAUUAAGCAUCAAAGAACCCACACUGGCGAGAAACCCCACACGUGUCUGGAGUGUGGGAAGAGCUUCAGUCAGCGCACCACACUUACUAAUCAUCAGAGAAUCCACACAGGGGAGAAACCGUACAAUUGUUCUCAGUGUGGAAAGAGCUAUCGGUGGAGCACAAGCCUUAUUACACACAAUUGCAUGCGCACAGAAGGGUAUCAAGUAAACACUCAGGGUGUGGAAAGUGUUUCCAAAGGUGCACAACCCUUAGUUCUCAUCAAAGAAUCCACUCAGGGGAGAAACCUUGUAAGUGUUUGGAGUGUGGAAGGAGAACAGUCCUAA